CAAGUACGGUCAUCCUGAUGACAAAUCGUUUUGUCAAGUGUUUUUGGGAAGCGCGAGUCAGCUUUUGCAUAUGUAUAUAAAAUACAGUUUUGGUUUUGUCUAAUACACAAGAUGAUUAUUACAAUAAAAAAUCUUCAACAGCAAACUUUUACUAUUGAGUUUGCCCCGGAAAAAACGGUUUUGGAACUCAAGAAGAAAAUAUUCGACGAGCGCGGUCCAGAAUACGUCGCCGAAAAACAAAAACUGAUUUAUGCUGGCGUCAUAUUGACGGAUGACCGUACCGUUGGUUCAUACAAUGUUGAUGAAAAAAAGUUCAUUGUGGUAAUGUUGACACGCGAUUCAUCUAGUUCAAAUACAAAUCAGCUUAGUGUAAAAGAAAGUGACAAAUUGACUAGCACUAACGAUUUAAAGGAUUCCAUGCCCCGCGAAGAAUCCAACCAUAGUAAUUCCCCUGUCACCAGAAAUUCAGAAGAGUCAAUUUUAUCAAGUGAAACGGGACCUAUAUCUACUGACAAUUUGAUUGGCGAGUUGGCCCAGGCUUCCUUACAAUCGCGCGCUGAAUCUAAUUUGCUUAUGGGUGACGAAUACAACCAGACUGUACUAUCAAUGGUGGAAAUGGGUUACCCACGAGAGCAGGCGGAACGUGCGAUGGCUGCUAGCUAUAACAACCCGGAAAGAGCCGUUGAAUAUCUCAUUAAUGGCAUACCUGCAGAGGAAGGUACUAUUGACAAUGACGUCAAUGAAUCAACGAAUCCUAGUGUAAUCGCUUCCGGACCACAAACUGGGUCGGCGUCCUCUGUCGAGCGUCCAUCAGAAUCAAAUUCAGACCCCUUUGAAUUUUUACGUAGUCAGCCACAGUUUCUUCAAAUGCGUUCUUUAAUAUAUCAAAACCCUCAUCUUUUGCAUGCGGUAUUGCAGCAGAUUGGUCAGACAAACCCAGCCCUUUUACAACUUAUUUCGGAGAACCAGGAUGCGUUUCUUAAUAUGCUAAAUCAACCGAUUGAACGCGAAUCAGAGUCAAGCGCAACAGUACCCCGCGUUUCGAGUGCGCGAACUCAUUCAACUCUGGCUAAUGUUAAUAACCUGUUUUCGUCAGAUUUAGGAGCCGCUACAGCCCAAAGGUCAACAGCGGCUACAAGUGCAGCACAGCAAAGUGGUAGCGCAGCGGAAAACGAAGAUUUGGAACAACCUUUAGGAGUUUCAACCAUUCGUUUAAAUCGCCAAGAUCAGGACGCAAUAGAACGGCUUAAAGCUCUUGGAUUUCCAGAGACACUUGUAGUGCAAGCUUACUUCGCUUGUGAAAAGAACGAGGAACUAGCAGCUAAUUUUUUGCUUUCUUCUAGCUUCGAUGACUAAGAUGACCAAAUAACUUUUGGCGACCGGCUACGAGCAACACGAGAGCAAGGACCCAGCAUCAACGGGAGUGUCGAUACUAAAAAUCGCAUAAUAAUAAGAGGAUGAGGGCAAAAGCAACUCACUCUAGUGCGUAUAAUGGUGCGGGCCAAGUAUUACUGUGCAUUUUGAAGUAUGAUAAAAAAAAGAUUAUUGAUGAACAUAUAUACGAAUUAAACCCAACGUGUUGAUUUCUACAAAUAAGCGAGUUAUUGCAUAACCUAUAAGCAAAUCGUAGAUCACCCCUUCCCAACAGAGCAACUCUACAGUACACAUCGGCGGGAUCAUCGCAACCAGCGCAGUCACUUAGAAUAGGGACAUCCGCCAUCGUCAGCCUUCUUGACCUUCGUCGGAAUAAACAAAAAAUAAAAGGCACUUAAUCCAGACCCUCUCAUUUGCUUUCUGAGUUUUGCGUACGACUUAUUUACAUAUACACAUAUGUUAAAAUUUAACAAGGGCAAUCCGAUU